AUGAAUUAAGGCUGCUCAUAUAAAUAUUGUAUCAACACUAGUAAUGCAGGUGCAAUAUACUCUUGUUAGUACUGUUAGAACACUAAAUAUUGUUCCCAGAAGUGCAGAGAUACUGAUUGGUAAAUUAAGAUUUCAUUAUUGAAUAGGACAUUAUCUCAUAAGAAUAAUUGUCGUCCAAUAAGUAGGAAGAGUCAAACUGAGCUGAAUGAUACUGCGUCCACUUUGAAAUCCAUUCGUAGAUAGGCAGAAGACUUCGAAAUAAUAAUCAAGGAUAAUAAAGUGGAAUUGGGAAAAGGUAGUUAUGGUUGUGUCAAAUUGGUCAAGGACAAAUAGAAUGGCCAGAUGUAUGCAAUGAAAGUGAUGAACAAGAAAUAAAUAUUUGAGUAUUGUUCUGUUGAAAAUCUAAAGAGAGAAAUUAAAAUUUAAAGAAAAUUAUAACAUCCACAUAUCACCAAACUAUUUCAUUAUUUUGAGGACAAAGAAAAUGUAUUUCUUAUAUUAGAAUUAGCAGAGAACGGAAGUCUGUUUAGUUAUAUAAGGAAGAGACGAAGACUCCCAGAAAAUGAAGCUUUUGUCUAUUUCUUCUAAACUUGUUUGGGAAUAGACUACCUACAUAAAAGAAAUAUAAUACAUAGAGAUCUUAAACCAGAAAAUCUACUACUUGAUAAGUAAGGUAACGUCAAGGUUUGCGAUUUUGGUUGGUCAGCUGAAACCACUUAAAAUGGAGUCAGAAGAACUUUUUGUGGCACUCUCGAUUAUAUGGCUCCAGAAAUGCUGACCAAUCAACCCUAUAGUUUCACACUGGAUAUUUGGUGUUUGGGAGUAUUGCUAUUUGAAUUAAUCCAUGGCUUUGCUCCAUUCAAGGGGAAAACUGAAAAUGAAAAGUGCAAUAAUAUUAUUAAGAUGACUCCAAUCGAGUAUGAUCCAUCUUUAUCACUCGAAGCUAAACAAAUAAUAUAAGGAAUACUCAAGUUUAAUCCUAUUGAUAGACUAUCAAUGAAUCAGAUCUUCGAGCAUCCUUGGAUGAAGAAAUUCUAUAAAAGUUAUGGAAUUGAUCUUAGAUCUUAUAUAAAUAAACAGGAUAAACACAACGAUUUAUCGAAUCGAUCGAUAUCUCCAUAAAAUGAUGAUAUUAUUACGAGAUCAUUUAUUAAAGGACCAACAUAAAAUAGUAAUAACGAUUUAAAACCCUUAUCUAAAUCUUCUAAUUAUAUCUCUCAAAAUAACAGCAAUAAUGGAAAAUCAACUGCUUCUUCAAAUUACAACUAAGAGGAAGAAUUUAAGGCCAGAGUAAGUAGACUAUCUUAAAGACAAUAAAUGGUUUAAGGAUUAAAGGAAAUUCAAGGAUAACCAUAGAAAUAAGAGGAACUUGGUUUUAUGGAUAAAGUAUUUUCGGCAUUUGGGUGUUUGAGUAGAGAUAAAUAAUCAACAUAGUCUCAUAAUUAUUGA